AUGUCCAACUCAAAGGAACCGACCAGCGUUCCUGUCCUCUCAAAGGACAAUUACCCAGCAUGGUCUCGGAAGAUGAAAGCAUACUUUUUUCUGCACGACCUCUAUGAACUCGUACUCGGCGAAGACCUCAAACCUACAGAAACGGAUGACCAACCAAAGUGGAUCAGACGACAAAGGCAGGCGGCCGCCGCCAUUACAAUGUCAAUCGACGAGACCAAUGCAACCCACAUCGAUGAUAUCAUUACAAAGGAAGAUUCCGAGGACCUGGCCGAGCUUAUGACUCGCAUCAAUGGAUUACUCCAGCGUGUGAAACAGCUCCGGCCAAUGGGCUACACGAUCACAGACCUCGACAACGAGUUGGCCAUCAUGGCGAUGCUUUGGGCCCUUCCAGAUGACUACCGCCACCUUCGCUCAUCGCUUCUCUGCCAAACAAACAUAACAUGUGAAGUCAUCGAGGAAGCGUUCCGAGCUGAAGACAACCACCGCCAACAUGAACAACGAAGCCAGGCCACUGCCUUGCGCGUCACCACACCUAAUCAGUACCGGACCAACGGCCCGUCACACCAUUUUCGUCCAAAGCCCAGCACCACCGGUCGCACACCCGGAGCGCUGUGCACUUUCUGCGGGAAGAAGAACCAUACCGAGGCCCAGUGCUUUGCCAAGGCCGACGCAUCGCGCCGUCUCAAGCACGAAGCAGCACGUGUUGCAGAUACAUCUACUGGACCUGCUACUGCCAAUGCGACGAAUGCAAGUAACCCUACUCUCCCUUCGUUAGCUAGGUCUGACCUGAAUGCCGAUACAGGGGCCACUCGGACAAUGAUGAGUGACAAGCGAUACUUUACUACGCUUUGCCCUUCGGUCAGGACAAUUAAACUGGCUAAUGGAGAGAGGAUAUUCUCGAAAGGAGAAGGGGAUAUUGUGUUUCAGCCAUGGAUAGACGGCUCCUUUAGCUCUGAUCUCAUCACUUUUCCUAAUGUGCUCUUCGCUCCUGAUCUCGAAUCGAAUCUUGUCUCGGUACUCUCAAUGGCCCGCAAUCAGGGUUAUGAAAUUCGCAUCAAUUCCAAGCAAAUGGAGUUCUAUAUCGACAAUAAGCUACGCAUGACAGCUCGAAUUGAUGCGAACUGCGUUGCUUACCUUGAUGGACGAGUUCUCACGUCCGAAAAGGCAAAUGCUGCGAGCACAGUGAAACUAGACCGUUCACUGUGGCACCGUCGCCUGGGCCACUAUCACCACGAGGGCGUUGAUACAUUAAUCCGCCAAAACCUGGUUCGUGGACUCAAGCUUGACUCAAAUGCAAAGCCCGACCCUAUAUGCGCACCGUGUAUUGCAGGGAAACAGACUCGAGCACCUCAUACUACGCCAGCAACCCAUGCUAUAACUCCACUAGAUCGCGUCUUUAUCGACCUUAAAGGCCCAAUCAAUGUUGAGUCCAUUCCACACCGCGCCAAGUACUGGAUGGCUAUGGUGGAUGAUGCGUCUAAUCUUGUCACACUAUCACUUCUCCACUUGAAGGAUGGAGCGCUCAAGGCUUUCUGCGAGUUCCAUAAGCUUGCUGAGAACCAGACAGGCCAGCGCCUGGUACACUUGCGAGACGAUAAAGGCGGCGAGUUCAGUGGAAAAGAGUUCGACCAAUACUGCAUCUCUGCUGGGAUUACAAGGGAACGCACCAUAGUUGCCACACCAGAGCAGAAUGGACGGGUCGAGCGAGCGAACCGAUGGAUAGCUGAAGGGACAAUCGCUAAACUUACAGAAGCGAACCUUCCACCAUCUUUUUGGGGGUUUGCUGCACUUGCCACUGUCCAUGAGUUCAAUCGUGCCCGAGUUCACAAUGGAAAGACACCAUAUGAACACUGGCAUGGUAAAGCUCCCAGUGUCGAUCACCUUCGAGUAUUUGGAUGCCUUGCCUAUGUCUUUAUCCCAAAAUCACAGCGGAAUGCUCUCGAUUCGCACACUGAGAAGUGCAUCUUUGUCGGGUACCCAUCCGACCGCCCUGGCUGGGUGUUCUGGAACCCACAGACACGAAAGAUUAUACACAGCGACAGCGCUGUAUUCGAUGAGAGAGUCUUUCCAGGCACUUCGUCUGCAAAGGAAUCGACCCCGAACCUCUCCGACUACAUCCAGCUGCCAGAUCUCGAGGAAAUCGACACCCCUUCAUCAUCCAUUCCACCUCCAAACACUCAUUCUCCUGUCCACGUUGCAGGGCGACCUGUGCCAGCACCUAUCCCUCACGAGCCUGUCCCUCCACCAGCACCAGCGCCUGCGCAGCCUAAACCCACAGCUCCACAGUGUCUGAGUUGUGAGCUUCGAGCACUCACUGACCAGACCAAUUUUGAGAAGCCGGACCUCGAAGCGCCCGAGCACAUCCUGAUUCCCAUUGCUGAUGGUGUCGAAGCUGCUUUAAACACAUCUACAAGCCGCGAGCCAACAACGCUGGGAGAGGCCCUGAAAUGCCCUGACAGUGACAAGUAUGUCCAAGCGGCUAUAGAAGAGGUCAGAGCUCAUCUGGAAAACGGCACGUGGAAGCUUGUGCGACUUCCACAAGGCAAAAAGGCUAUCGGCUCACGUUGGGUAUUCAAAAUCAAGCGUGAUGCCGAUGGGUCUAUUAGCAAAUACAAGGGACGAAUUGUGGCAAAGGGAUAUGCACAACGAGAGGGAAUUGACUACACAGAGACCUUUGCACCAACAGCUCGCUUUGGUGCCCUUCGCACCAUCAUAGCACUCGCAGCGCUCGAAGACUGGGAGCUAGAGUCAGUAGACAUAUCAACCGCCUUUCUCAAUGGUGAGAUUGAUGCAGAGGUCUACAUGCGAAAGCCAGAAGGCGUCGAGUUCGAGGGCUAUGAAGGUACAAGCUGGGUGCUUCAACUUCUCAAGGGUCUCUAUGGAAUCAAACAAGGCCCUCGCAUCUGCGACCACAGUGUCUUCAUCUAUGAACGCGACAGUGUGAAGAUCAUUGUACCAGUCCAUGUCGACGACUUACUGCUUGCAUCAAAGUCAUCCGAAGCCAUCCAAAUGGUGAAGGAUGAGCUCAAAGCACGCUUCAAGAUCCAUGACCAAGGCCCUACCUCAUUCCUACUUGGUGUCAAGCUCGAGCGUGAUCGCCAAUCCCAUACCAUCUCCCUCUCUCAACCUGCGUACAUCGAACAGAUCCUCGAAACCUACAAAAUGCAGGACUGUAAUGGCGCCGACACGCCUAUGGCUGAAAAGCCACUCCUCUCGACCAAGGAUUCACCACAAACUGAGCAGGAGAAGUUGGAAAUGCGGAAUGUACCCUAUCGAGAGGCCCUUGGAAAGCUCAUCUAUCUCGCAACUGCCACUCGACCAGACAUCUCAUAUGCUGUGGGGGUGCUCUGUUGGUUCAGCAAGAAUCCUGGACAAGCACACUGGCUAGCUCUCAAACGGGUACUGCGGUAUCUCCGCAAAACGACAAACUACAAGCUCACCUACGGCCUCAAACCCGACUCUGACGAACUGUUCACAACGCAUAGUGAUGCCGAUCUGGGUGGAAACGCUGAUAAUACCCGCUCAACAGCUGGUUUUGUCAUGUCAAUUGGUGGCGGCGCUGUAAUGUGGAGUAGCCGACUCCAGCGCCACACAUCACUAUCAUCAACGGAGUCGGAGUAUACAACAGCCUCUGCCACUGGGUGCGAAAUGAUCUGGAUGCGGUCAUUCCUCAACGAAAUUGGCUACAACACUAUACCCUAUACUACCAAUGCCCAGGACAGAGGCCCUGUUGCACAAAGGUAG